AUCUUCAUUGCCACCUCCCAAGCCCCCAAGCUGGUCACUGGGUGCUUACUCCACACGCAGACAUCUAGGUUUUGGCCAUAUAACUUCCCGCCCAAAACCCCUUACGUUCGCAAAUUCGCCAUAAGUUUAGAAUCUUUGAUCCUUCAAGCCACCUGGUAUAGCUUCAAUGGCGGAAACAGAAACUGCUGAUACUAGUAAAAAUGUCAUUAAAGUUGAGGAAGAAAUCGAAGGAGACCAAAUGGGCACCAAAAACUACCGUUUCAGCAAAAUCGGCGAAUCUGUUCCCAUCAAAUCCGACGCAGAUUUCAAAUUCGAUAUGGAUAACCUUCCGUCUCGUCCCAUGGCAGUCUCAGAACGUUUUGGAGUGAUUUUUGUUGCUCAUUCCUCCGGGUUUUGUGUUGCAAGGACCAAAGAUGUUGUGGAUUCAGCAGAAGAGUUGAAAAAUGGAGGCACUGGUCCUUGUAUACAGGAGCUAAGUGUUGUGGAUGUUUCUGUUGGAAAGAUUUCCAUAUUGGCAUUAUCUGCAGAUUCUUCAAUGCUUGCAGCCUCUGUUGGUUCCAACCUUUAUUUUUUCUCAGUUGAGGGUCUUCUUAAUAAGGAUCAAGAACCUUCUUUUUCCAAGUCAAUCAAUGGAUCAAGUAGCAUCAAAGACAUGCAGUGGACUCCACGCUUGAAGCAACAGUAUGUUGUUCUUACAAAUGAUGGAAAUUUAUACCAUGCAGCUGGCCAAGAUGAUCUUAAUAACCUUAUGGACAAUGUAGAUGCUGUUAACUGGAGCAGGGAUGGAAAGUUUCUUGCUGUGGCAAAAUAUGAUUAUUUAAGCAUUUUAUCAUCAAAAUUUGAAGAAAAGUUACAAAUUAAGUUGCUAUUCAAUUCAUUAGUUGAUGAUUCCGCUCCAGAUUCUGUUGUAAAAGUGGAUUCUCUCAGGUGGGUCCGCCCAGAUUGUAUCAUCUUAGGAUGUUAUCGUCUGAAUGCUGAUGGGAAGGAGGAGAAUUAUCUACUUCAACUCAUCAGUGUCAAAGAUGGAAAAAUCACAAAACCCUCUUCCAAUCCAGUGGCUUUGACUUUUAGUGAUGCGUUUCUUGCUAUAAAUGAAGAUGACAUUCCAUCUGGAAGUGGACCCCAUAUGUUUGUGAGCUAUGUGGAUGAAUGUGAGAUUGCAUUUGUUGCUAAUAGGAAGAACACAGAUCAACACAUUGUGCUAUUUGGUUGGUCUUCAGAUAAGAAUAAUGAAGCUGAAAUGAUAGAAAUCACAAAUGAUGCAUGGAUUCCAACAAUUAAUCUUCAAGAAAACAGUGAUGAUAAUCUGAUCUUGGGGCUUGCUGUUGACAAAGUUUACAAGGAUGAGAAACUUAGACUCACACUUGGAGAACAAGAUACAGAAGUUUCACCAUGUUGCAUUCUUCUUUGCCUUACCAUUGAUGCAAAGGUUUUUAUGUUCCAUUUUGCCAGUGCCACAGGCCCUUCCCUUUUGUCAGAAGAUGCAACUUCUUCUGUCUCUGAUGAGGAAGUUGAGUCUUCUCCAAUCAGUUCUCAAAAUCAGGUGAUGAAUAUUGUUAACAAUAAUAAGCAAAUUAAGGAUCAAACUCCUCAAAAAGUAAAAGUGGAUGAACAAAAUGAGAAAGCACACAGUGAAGCUCCAAUGAGAAAAGACGAAAAAACCAACUCUACAUCAGUUUUACAGCUAGAUAAAGGUGCUACACAACAACAAGUUCCUGUUGUUAAAGAUGUGAGGAAGAUUGAAAAUGAAAAAGUUGCUGAUUCUGUUUCAAAAAAUGAUAAAUCAAACAAAACACUAUUUGGAGGUUUAGAAUCAUCUGUGAAUAAAGCUUCUUCAUUUGGUUUGCAUAGUUCAUCUGGAAGCUUCUCUAGCUCUUCAAAUGUUUUUGGGGUGCAAUCUUCUAAGGCUUCAUUUGGUUUGAAUACUUCAUCUGGAUCACACUUUUCUUCAAAUGUUUUUGGAGCUCAAUCUUCUUCUUCUUCUUCUUCUUCUUCUUCUUAUUCUUCAGCUCAUGCUAGUGUGAAUAAGGCAUCAUUUGGUUUGAAUACUUCAUCUGGAUCAUCACACUUUUCUUCAAAUGCUUUUGGGAUGCCAUCUUCUUCUUCUUCUUUUUCGUCUUUUUCUGGUAUCCAAAGGAGUGCAGAAUCAUCAGGCAAAAUAGGAUCAACUAAUCUGCCUGUUUCAUCGGGAACUUCUUCUAGUGGAGGCAUGUUUUCUUCUAGAACUUUUGAUGUGAAGUCUCCCUUUUCAAAUACAGGAACAGGAACCACACCUUUGAAACUUUCAUUUCCCAAAAUGCCCUCUGCUCCAUCCACAACUACUUCAACCACAUCUGGGGUUAAUGUUAUCAACACAUUGCCUGUAAUGUCCACUACACCACCGAGUGUGGGAAAAUCUUUGGACUUGAGAUCAUCUGACAAAGGAAAUUACAGAAGUCAAACUCAGUCAAGGAUGUUAAAUUCUGACCCAAAUCUAUCUGAACAACGCAGUGUUGAAGAGAUGGCAAAAGAACUAGACACUCUGUUGGAUUCUAUACAAGGACCAGGUGGUUUUUAUGAUGCCUCUGUUUCUGCCCAUAAGCCAUCUGUUACAGCUCUGGAAGAGGGUAUUUUGGUACUUUCAGAAAGAUGCAGAAAAUGGACAGACACAAUGGAUCAUGGGAUUGAAGAGGUGCAACUUAUCCUUGACAAGACUGUUCAAGUUUUGGCAAGGAAAAUAUAUAUGGAGGCAAUAGUGAAACAAGCAACCGAUAGUCAAUAUUUAGAUAUUUGGAAUCGCCAGAAGCUGAAUUCUGAAUUGGAAAUGAAACGUAGACAUAUUUUACAGAUAAAUCAGAAUUUGACAAAUCAGCUAAUAGAACUUGAAAGACAUUUAAACACCCUUGAACUCCAAAGAUUUGGUGAUAAAGGCGACCUUGAAACGAAUCGAAGAUCUUUCCAUACGAGACAUGGCCCACCAAGGCACGUUCAGUCUUUACACAGUUUACACAACACCAUGAAUGCACAGUUGGCAGCUGCAGAGAAACUCUCUGAAUGCCUUUCGAAACAAAUGGCUGUGCUUAGUAUCGAAACGGGACCCACAAAAAAACAAAAUGUGAAAAAAGAGUUAUUUGACACAAUCGGAAUCUUCUAUGACAAUUCUCCAAGUCAAGAAAAAUCUAGGUCGGUCCCACCAAAAAGUCAACUUGUAAUCUCUGCCAGCUCAGACACAAAGAAAAGUCAACAAAGUGCUGUGAAGAGUUCUGAACCAGAAACCGCAAGAAGGCGCAGAGAUUCUCUCGAUAGGAGCUGGGCAAGCAUUGAACCCCCAAGAACAACUGUCAAAAGGAUGCUUUUGCAAGAGGAGCGUACAAGUACACCUCCUGCCAGAUCAUCAUUGCCACCUGGCAGUAGAAAACUUGAUCAUCAUCAUCAUCAUCAUCAUCAUCGGUUGUCUGUGGGUCCCACGGUUUCUCAUAAUAUGCCACCUGGCGCCUUAAAUAUGUCGUCAGAAACACAAAUAAAGCGACAUUCUGAGAGACAGUUGAAUUCCUCCUCAGUUUGGGGUAAUAACAGUAACAGUAACAGUUACGAUUCAUCAAAAACUCCAGUGGUAGCAGCAGCUUCUGUGCUUUCUUUAGGCUCUGCUUCACAUUCACAGUCAACACCUAUUGCAAGUCAAGAGGUUGAAAAGUCAAAAAGCCGUUUCACCUUCAACUUAAAAUCAGAUGACCCAAAAAUUACUCAACAGCCUCCAAGUUUCUUGGAACCUUCAACAAAUAUAUUCCAGAAGAAGCCUGUUGAAUACUCAGAAUCAAGCAAUAAAGAAACCGAAAAACCAAAGUUUUUAGUUGGAGACACGAACCAGAAGCCAAAAGUAAAAGUGGCAGAAAGCUCUUCUUCAAUUUGGUCAAAAAAGAGUCAAGAAUCACCAUUUUCUGCCACGUCAUCAUCUACUGCCUUUUCUGGAAAAAGUUUCUCUUUGGAAUCAUCAUCAUCAUCAUCAUCUACAAAAGAGAAACAGCUUAGUGAAGCUGUGUCUUCUUCUGUUGCAUCAUUGUCUGUUCCUGUUACUUCAGCACCUCCUAUCUCAUUUAGUAAACCAUCAACCAGUUUUGGGAUCCAAUCAGGUGCUACUCAGACCACCAGCCCACUCUCUGCACCUUCACCUUCACCUUCUUUUCUUUCAUUUUCAUCCUCCAUUAAACCUUCAGCCAACAUAGAUUUGAACACUUCCAAAUCAAAACCAGAUACAACUGAAACUCCAACACCAACUUCAACUCCAACACCUAGCCUACUUUCAUUACCCAAGUUCGAUAUAAAACCAAAUGAGAAUUCUUCAACUCAAAUUUCACCUCCCACCCCCGUGGUUUCCUCAGUUGCCACAAGUAGUCCCUCUCCUUCGUUAGCAUCAAAUCCAAAACCAGAACAAGAACAAGCAUCAUUAGUGAUACAAGAUGUUGCAGUUUCACAGGAAGAUGAGAUGGAGGAAGAAGCUCCUGUACCUGAAACAGCUCCCACAUUGGGAAAUUUCAGUGGGUUUGGGCUCGGGUCAUCCCCAAACCCGAACCCGAACCCGAACCCGGGUGCACCCAAACCAAACCCAUUCGGUGCACCAUUUGGUAACCCAGUAGCUACUCCAUCUCAACCGGUUCCUUCAUUUGCUCCUUCUCAACCUACUGGUGGUCUGUUCAGACCUGCUUCCUUCAACAUUGAAUCUUCACCACCCAUGCAACCUUCACAACCGUCUCAACAACCAAAUUUCAAUGCGUUUUCCAGCGGCUUUGGUGGUGGACAGGGGUUUGGGCAGCCGCCUCAGAUUGGUUCGGGUCAACAGGUUUUAGGGUCGGUUCUUGGUUCUUUUGGUCAGUCAAGACAGUUUGGUGCUCCAAGUUCUUUUGGGGGUUCCGGUUUCGGUGCCAGUCAAACUGCUGGUGGUUUUGCCACUGCUUCAUCUGGCGGUGGGUUUGCCAAUCUGGCUUCCGGCGGUGGAGGUUUUAGUGGUUUAGCCACCAGUGGUGGUGGGUUUGCGGCGGCAGCUACUAGCGGUGGUGGAUUUGCCGCUGCAGCUACUGGCGGUGGUGGUGGGUUUGGUGGUGCUGCGGGUGGUGGUGGGUUUGGUGGUGCUGCAGCGGGUAGUGGUGGUGGAUUUGGUGCUUUUGGGAGCCAAGGUGGAAGUGGGUUCUCUACAUUUGGUAGUAGUGGAGGAACAACACCAAGACCUCCAUCUGAGCUCUUUACACAGAUGAGAAGAUAGAUAAUCAUAUAUAGUUUCGAAUCUAUUGUUGAAGGUAGUAUAUUCCUAUAUGUUUGUUUAUCUAUUAAACAAAACCAAUAUGAACAUUUUUUUGUUUCUUUAAUUAAACAAAUGUGUUUCUUUUCACGUGAUAACGAGUUCAAUGGUUUUUUGGUUAUGGUUAGAG